UGGACAAACAGGAAGUGAGAGAGAAACAGAUGCUGCUAUUGACUAGCGAGAGCAGGUAUCCGCGGUACUUAGAUCCACCUCGGCUCUGUCACGGUGCAGACUCUCUGGUUAGACGAUUAAGCUUCUUGGUGGGGAGGGUCACUGGAGAGGAAGGAUACACUGGUGGCUAAACAUUACAAGCAAAUAUGGAGUUUCUUUUUGGACGCCGUAAGACCCCAGAGGAGUUGUUGAGGCAAAAUCAGCGAGCUCUGAACAGGGCUAUGAGAGAACUGGAUCGGGAGCGACAGAAACUAGAGCAACAAGAGAAGAAAAUAAUCGCUGAUAUUAAAAAAAUGGCAAAACAAGGACAAAUGGACGCAGUGAAAAUCAUGGCAAAAGAUCUUGUGCGCACCCGUCGCUACGUGAAGAAAUUUAUCAUGAUGCGAGCAAACAUCCAGGCAGUUUCGCUUAAAAUUCAAACACUAAAAUCUAAUAAUUCUAUGGCUCAAGCUAUGAAAGGAGUAACUAAAGCCAUGGCCACCAUGAACAGACAGCUUAAGCUUCCUCAGAUACAGAAAAUUAUGAUGGAGUUUGAAAAACAAUCGGAAAUUAUGGACAUGAAAGAAGAAAUGAUGAAUGAUGCCAUUGAUGAUGCAAUGGGUGAUGAAGAUGAUGAAGAAGAAAGUGACGCUGUUGUAUCUCAGGUCCUGGAUGAGUUGGGCUUAACUCUGACUGAUGAGCUGUCCAACCUCCCGUCAACAGGGGGCUCCCUCAGUGUGGCUGGAGCAAAGAAAGGAGAAGCUACAGCUGCUUUGGCUGAUGCAGAUGCAGAUUUAGAAGAGCGGUUGAACAAUCUGAGACGGGACUAAUUUGUGGAACCCUGUGACACGUGAACUCUUGGGGUUUCUUAUUUUUAUCUUUCUUCUGUGUUUGCGUGAAGAUAUUGGUAAAUUGCAGCAGGUCUGUUGCCUCUCUUUGCUAGGGGGCCUAAAAUACUGCGCCUGGUGUAAAACGUACCGUUCAAAGGUCAUGGAAUUGCCAUUUUCCCUGCAGGGGUGGAUCAAACCCAAUAAAUUGCUGACUGUGUGGCAACUUAUCCAAGUUUGAUGUCAAAAUUCCUCUUUUCAGGGUUCUGUGUUAUGCAUAGAAAGCAAAUAUUCUUCCCCUUUCUGACUGGAUUUUAUAGCAGGCUGUUUCCGGUCAGUUCUUGUGUUUCCAGACUUCACAUACACAUAAGGAAAUGUUGAUGGCGUUCCCCUGCCUGAAAAAAACCAAAGGAUGUAGUUCCCUUUACCGUUACGAAAUAGAAAGAACGAGGCAAAGAAACUGUUGUUUUAAGGAAACAAAAUCCCCUGAUUAUCUUAAAAAAAAAAAGUUGUGCAAUCUCGAUUUCUCCCAGGUAGAUGUAUGCGAUGUAUAUUAUUUGAAUGAAUUUAUACAAGUUCAUGUUAUUCUAAUAAAACAUAUCAUACCUUGGA